AUGCCACUCUACCAAAUGUUCUGCAUCGCCAGUCAUUUUAGGGAAUACAAACACAUAAAAGACCUGGUGACUAUGUCUGCAAUGCAUGUGAUGAACGAAGGCGGCGUAGUGCGAAAUAUCCAGUUCAACGGAACACAGACGCUUCCUGAACGAAUGCGGCGCCAUAAACAGUAUUACACCAUCGGAGAUUAUUGGACGAUGCAUUUUGACACUUCGCCUCGCACACUACGUACACUAGCUGGAAUGAUGCGCCGAGAUCAUCGCGUCAUAAGGUGGACGAUGUUGAAGUUGGGUGAGAAGGCGGAAAAUGUGGUCACUUCACCUGAGCAGACGGUGGAACGCCAUUUACCAGCAUCACCGAGCAAAAGCAACUCUCAUUGGUCCUCGUGA